UCGCUCGACAUUUGCCAUGGCGGCUUUCUGCUAAUUGAAAGGAAAAUGCGGGGUUUUUUACCUUUAACUUCAGUCACAGUUUUACAAAAUAAAAGCCAGAGGACAUUUCUUACAGAAUGACCAACAGAACAUCUUAUUUUUAUGACCCAGACGUGGGCAACUUUCAUUACGGUGCUGGCCACCCCAUGAAGCCUCACCGUUUGUCUCUGACACACAGUCUGGUGUUGCACUAUGGACUCUACAAGAAAAUGAUGGUGUUCAAGCCAUACAAAGCGUCUCAGCAUGACAUGUGUCGGUUUCACUCUGAAGAUUACAUAGACUUCCUGCAGAAAGUCAGCCCCAACAAUAUGCAGGGCUUCACAAAGAGCCUCAACGCAUUUAACGUGGGAGAUGACUGUCCUGUGUUUCCAGGUCUUUUUGAGUUCUGCUCAAGAUACACGGGAGCGUCUUUACAGGGAGCUACACAGCUCAACCACAAGAUCUGUGACAUUGCCAUCAACUGGGCCGGAGGUUUGCACCACGCCAAAAAAUUUGAGGCAUCUGGGUUUUGCUACGUCAACGACAUCGUCAUUAGUAUACUGGAGCUGCUCAAAUACCACCCUAGGGUUCUGUACAUCGACAUAGACAUUCACCAUGGUGAUGGUGUCCAGGAAGCCUUUUACCUGACCGACCGCGUCAUGACUGUGUCCUUCCACAAAUAUGGGAACUACUUUUUUCCAGGAACAGGUGACAUGUAUGAGGUCGGGGCAGAGAGCGGCCGGUACUACUGCCUCAAUGUUCCUCUCAGAGACGGCAUUGAUGACCAGAGCUACAGGCAGCUGUUCCAGCCGGUCAUUAAACAGGUGGUGGAUUUCUACCAGCCGACCUGCAUCGUCCUGCAGUGUGGAGCAGAUUCUCUGGGCUGUGACAGACUGGGCUGCUUCAACCUCAGUAUACGAGGACACGGUGAGUGCGUGGAGUUUGUGAAGAGCUUUAAGAUUCCUCUGUUGGUCCUGGGAGGAGGAGGAUACACCGUGAGGAAUGUGGCUCGCUGCUGGACCUACGAGACUUCUCUGUUAGUGGAUGAAUCCAUCAGCGAUGAGCUGCCUUACAGCGAGUAUUUUGAGUACUUUGCUCCAGACUUCACGCUGCAUCCUGAUGUCAGCACCAGGAUAGAAAACCAGAACUCCAGACAGUACUUGGACCAGAUCCGUCAGACGGUGUUCGAGAACUUGAAGAUGCUGAACCACGCGCCCAGCGUCCAGAUCCACGACGUCCCCUCCGACAUGCUGAGCUAUGAGCGCAACGACGAGCCAGACCCUGACGAGAGGGGGGCCGAGGAAAACUACACCAGACCAGAGGCAGCCAACGAGUUCUACGACGGUGACCACGACAACGACAAAGAGAGCGACGUAGAAAUUUGACCCAUGGGAAUGAAAGAAGUGGAGCUUUUCCUUGCAGCCUUUCGUUUGCAUCAGUCGCAGUCUCAUCUCUAAACAUCACAUCAUCACUGAAGGAUGGAAAAGACCCUCAAGCUCACGGUUUACUCUCACUAGUUUCUGGUUCUAAAAGCCCUCUGUCCACGCUGACGCACUGACACCAUGUUUGUUCCUCCACCAUAACUCAUCAGAACAGAUGUUAGCACCAGUGUCACUGAGUCUGUUUUCACAUAGCUGUUCUCUCAUCUCUCUCUGGGUUUUGAGUCAAUAUGUCAAAUACUGUGACAGACAGAAACAGAUCAAAAUGAGAUCUAUUUUCAUAAAGCUGGAUACUGAAACACACAUGUACAUACAGUAUAUCAUCUGUGUUGUAUAUAUUCAUGUUAGGAGAUUACAGGAUAAGAUGCUCAUUCAUGUUCCUAAAACUAACCUUUCCUACAUGAACAGUCAGAUGUGUAGAUUUUGAUUACAGCAUUUUGGCUGUCCACGUGAACAUCCUCAGUGAAAAGCACCGAAAGAACCGCCUCAGUUAUGGCCAGGUGCCGAGGAGAAGUCGUGAGGAGUUCUUGAUUUAUUCCACCUUACACGAUGUGCUCAUGUGAGAAGCUGUUCGAGUGCGUGCCAGGAUAUAUUAGUCACACUUCAGUCGGUACAGAUGUCUGAAACCAUGCUUACAGGUUUUGGACAGAAGACAAAUGAUUUGAUUCCAAUUAUCAUUUCACUUCAACACUUUUUUUUUAUGUUACAGUCACUGUGUAGCUGUUUUUUCCAUUUCCAUUUUUUAAAGAUCAUAGCAUUAUUCAUGUGCCUUAAAGCUCUGAAAUGUCAAACACUGUUGUAGAGCAAGGCACUUUCAUGUAACCUUCCGUUUUUUUUUUGGACACAGAUUUGGAUUGAGCAUGUGUAAAUGAGGGCAUUGCCUUGGAUCUGAUCCGAACAGAAACUGCUCCUCUGGUAUUUUCAUUCCUUUCUCUUUUUGUUCUACUUUCUCUGCUCAUUUACUGUAUAUACGUAUAAAUGUAUGAACUGUGAGUGUGUUCGUUAUGUAGAGGAGGACAACCGGUGACGAGGCUGGUAGUUCGGUAGAGAAACAUUUUGUACUGAAGCGGGUAGUUGGUUCUGUGAUGAGAUGUCAGAGUGCACGUGCUUCGCUGUGCAGCUUCAUCACAGAUGUACAAUAGUGGCAGCAGAACUGCUUGAAGCCACAGUAGGAACACUUUCUACCAUCUACCACUUCUGGUCCUCUUUUAGCCAAAAACAGGUUUUAUGUGAUUUUUGCUAUUGUUGUCAGCAACUUUUUGUUUUUAAUAAAAAGAACAAUUUGAAUUAAAGCUGCAAGUGGCGAUGGACGGGCCCUCACACCCCUUGCGAGCCAUUCAGGGGGCCAAAUUAGCAGACAAAGCGACGGGAGAAAAAUAAAAGAGGAGAGUAAUAAUAAUCCCUUCAGUUACAAUAGGGCAUUGCACGAAUUUAGUGCUUGUGCCCUAAUAAAAAAGGUCAUAUAUAUGUAGUAUGUAGUAUAGUAAGGCUUCAAAAUCUGCCAAAAGAAGUCGGUAACACUUUAGAAUAACGAUUCCUUAUAAGACAUUUAUAAGCUAUUAGUAGAUAUUAGUAGAUACACUUGUACAUUUGUAAAGAUUAUUAAAACACCUGUUGCUUAAGUUACAAGACGUUUAUAAGCUAUUAUUAGAUAUCGAACAAAUCAUGAGUAAACCAUUUAUAUACAUUUGUAAAUGAUUAU